AGCCGGGACGGCCAAUCUGGCCGCGCUUUAGUAGCGUAGCGUGGAGUGGGAAUUUUACCGGGUGUGUUUUGGGCAUGAGAUUUAUUAAUGUGACCAUCUUUAGAGCCGCUCUCGUCCGUCUGUUCCUUAUGCCGAUACAAUUGUUUUUUAUGGUAACUUUCGUUUAAGUUAGAGGAAAGUUCACUGUUCAGUCUAGCUAAUUAGUACUAGCAUAAUUUCUGUCUGCUGCUUCAUUUAGGUUUAAGUGUCCACCUGAAGCUCAUUUGAACUAAACCCUUGGACACAGAAUCAGUUGGGUUAUCAUCUAGUCUUGUGUGCACUAUUUGGAGCUCCUCUGCUUUUGUCGAGACAGCCCAAAUGACAGCAGGAAUGGCUCUGGAGCAGCUCAGUGAUGUGAUACAGAGAUGUCAAGGUGUCGCAGACGAUCGUUACAGCACAGAGGAUCAUGACGGCUUCACCAUCGCUGGGCGGACAUGCAUCGAAGAGGGAAACAGCGCGCAGGUCCUCAGUCUCGUCCUAGACGAGAAGAAUCGGGACAUAGUGAGAUGCAUGGGCUGGAACCUGCUCCCUCCACUGAUCCAAGUGCUGCUGAAGAAGGAACACAAGAAUCUUCCACAGUGCCUGGCCAUUUUUAACCACUUGUUAGAGACCUGCAGACCUAAAGAGCUGUUGAUUGGCCUGUUGGAACAACUGGAGCAUGAUGACCCUGACACUGUGGCUGAGAGUCUCCAUUUGUUGCUGAACCCUCUACAGAAAGGCAAAAUACAUUUUUUAAUCAAUCUAUCCAUGCUGCUGUGCCUGGGCCACCGUAAGGCCUCCUCCUUGGGGAUGACCCUGUCCUCCAUCUUGGACCAGAUGGCCAAGCUGCCCGUCCCACAUACCAAGGAGCAAGAGGAGGACGACGUCUUCUCCCUCUGCCGCUGCUGCAGCGACCUGACUGACUUCGUCAGACCCUUCGUCCAGGAGGCCGGGCAAAACAUCCCGAGUGGUGAGACCAGGGGCGCGAGCCCGAACGGGACGGCGAGCCAACAGGAGGGCGCUAAAGAAAACGAGCUGCGGACAGAGCUCCUGAAGUACUGUAUGAAGACUCUGAGCUACCCACUGUUGGAGGUGCAGCUCAAGGAUCCCGACACGCUGCCCCAGUCUCCCCUCAGGACUUUUGCCAUAGAGAUUCUGAACACCCUGAGUGCUAUUGGAGAGCCCGUGUCCAGUCUAAUUUUCCAACCUCUAUUGAAGAGGAAACAGGUCCCGGGCUUUCUGGAAGAGGAGGUCCGUUACCCUAAAAAGUCUUUGGCCAGCUUGGCUCACCUGGUGUUUGUGCAUCACCUGGCUGCCGACACGUUCCCCAGUAUUUUCAGCCCUGUGUUCUGUCUUCGGACCAACAUGGAGCACGCCUCCCUCCUCAUGUCAAGAACUGAGGACUUUAUGGUUCAGAAAGGUCUGGACCUCUACGAGAAGAGCCUGGUACGGGUAGACGAUGGGGAUCUGCCAGCAGCUCUGCUGGAUAUUAAAACCUUCCUCACCGUCCCUCAGAACUUGGUAAAGGUAAUGACACUGUGCCCCAAGCAUGACUUGAGGACUAAAGGACUGAGGGUGUUCCAGCUGAGCAUUGAUAAGUUUGACACAGAAGCAAAGUACAGGUUCUUCCAGUACAUGCUCAGGACGAGUAACCACUCGGGAGUGGAAGGGUACAUCAUUAAAAACAUCAGGAAUCAAAUCGACUUUGCCUUACAGCCAGGUAAGGCUAACAUCUGGUUCGAAGGGGUUCACCUGCUGCCUCUGCUACGUAAGGUCUUCAGUCUACCAGAUGGCCCAGAAACUGACCUCCUGCAGUACCUGGACAGAGUCAUGGAGUCUUUGAACCUGCUGCGCUACCUGGUCAUCAGAGACAAAAUAACCGAGAACCAGACGGGCAUCUGGACAGAGCUGUAUAAGAUAGAGGAUUCAUUCAUGAAGCCUCUGCGUGUUGGGCUGAACAUGUCGAGAGCCCAUUAUGAGAGGGAACUGCACAACACCACAGACACCAAGAAGAGCAAGGCCAAAGAAUCGAUCCUUUCUGUGUCAGUUGGCGACGAGCAGUUGCCAAACAUGACGUCAGAGUCCCAGAUUCAGGCUCUGCACUCAGCCCUCCACACGUUCGACAUGAUCGAGAGCGUUUUGGUGCGAAUAGAGGAAAUCAUCGAAGUGAAAGACGUUCUAUAAACUACAAAAGAACUGACUCCUUUGAGGGCCUGGGAGAGAGAGAUUGUGCAUCAUUGUGUAGAUUGACGCAUUCAAUCAGACUAUGCUCUUAUUUUCCUCUGUCUUUUCAGGUUUAAAGGAUUCCUUACAAUGUAAAUAUUGAAUACAAUAUUUUGGAAUUUUGUACUGCUUGUGCAAUAACUUGUUAAAGUUUUGUACACCGAUUCUAAUUGUUUGCACUUGUACUAUUAACAAGUGAAAUAUUUUUGCCCCGUAAGCAAACUGUACUGGGUUUAAGGUAAUCUGAUAUGCUUAACUUGAAUAAACAGAAAAAGUGAAUUGGUUAUCUCAGGUGUCAGUAAUUUUAUUAUCACUAAAA